AUGAUGCUGGAAACCACAGAGAUACGUAAAAUGGAUGCUUCGCUCAAAAAUGAACUGGUCAAUUUAUUAAACAUUAACGAUGGCUGGAAAUCACUCAUGGCUGUUGUAACUGUUGACUGUGACCCCAAAAAAAGUCUGAAAUAUACCAACGAUCACUUAAAGUUAAUAGAAAUGGCAGGCGAAACUCAACGGCGAUAUUGCAGUGAAAUAUUUUUAGAAGAAUGGGGAACUAGUGGUCGUAUUAGGCCUAACCUCAAGAUACUUAUGGAUCUGUUGUUCAAAUUAAAACUAACACGAGCUGCUGAAUGUAUAGCUUCUAAAAUCAUGAUUGAUAAACCUAUUGACAUGUUGGCAACAUCUAUGGACUUUGCCAAUAAUGAUGAAAACACGAAUAGUGAUAAUAGUGAGAAUUGCAAUUCUAUUUUCUUUGCUCAUCAUAUAGAACCCAGACCAAUUUUACAUGAUGAUAAAAGUAAUACAAGGUUUGAUGAAAUUAAGUUAUCUUACAAAUACUUAUCUAAUGCCACAAAUGGAUUUUCGGAUACAUGUUUAAUUGGAGCUGGUGGAUUUGGUAAAGUAUUCAAAGCCAAAUUAAGUAACCAAAUAGUGGCAAUAAAACGUAUGGAAAAAAUAUUUGAAGAAAAGGAUUUUAAACAGUAUUUAAAUGAAAUUUAUAUUGUUUUACAAUUUAAACAUGAUAAUUUAUUACCAUUACUGGCAAUUUCAUACGAUGAGCAGCCAUGUGGUGUUUAUGAAUUUAUGGAGAAUGGUUCAUUACUUGAUUGCAUUGCGUGCAAAUAUAGAUCAUCAAUAUUAGAUUGGAAACUAAGAAUAAAAAUUGGAACAGAUGUAGCCAGUGGCUUAGUUUACUUACACACAGCAUUCGAAACACCUUUCAUACAUCGGGACAUUAAAACUGCUAAUAUACUUCUAGACAAUAAAUUUAUUGCCAAGAUUGGAGACUUUGGCUUAACACGCCUUGGAGAUCAUACAUUGACAUCUGUUGCAGUAGGAACGUCUGCAUAUAUGUCACCUGAGGCAUUUAGAGGUGACAUUUCUAUGAAGGUAGAUGUCUUCAGCUUUGGAGUUGUAUUAUUGGAGUUAUUAACAGGAUUAGCACCGUACGAUGAAUAUCGGACUGGCUGCGACUUGUUAACUCAUAUAAGUGAAAUUGAACGCCCUAUUGAAGAACUAUUAGACAAGCGUGCCGGACAUUGGAACAAUAGUAUUGCUAGAAAAAUGAAUGACUUGGCAACUCUUUGUACAGUUCCUAAGACUCAAAGACCAUUUAUACAUGGUCAAGAGGGUGUUUUUGAAUCUCUUAAAAAUAUUCUAUCUGAAAUAGAUGUAUAUCAUGAAAACUCAUAA